AUGAGUUCAAAAAUUGGAGUCGUCUACAUUCUCCUGGUUUUGCUUCUCUUCAAAAUUUGUUCUGUUUCUGCGUUCACAAAUAUUUCAGACGCUUCUGCUUUACAAGCCCUGAAGAGCGAAUGGACCAGGUAUCCUGAGAGUUGGAAAGGCUCUGAUCCUUGUGGAACCAGUUGGGUUGGAGUUACAUGUAGCAAUGACCGUGUCAUUUCAAUAUCAUUAGCCAACCUUAACUUGGAAGGAAAGCUUUCUGCCGAUAUUUCCGCGUUGUCUGAAUUGCAGAUCUUGGAUUUGACAUCCAACUCUAAAUUGUCUGGACCGCUUCCACCAAAUAUUGGUAACCUCAAGAAGUUGACUACCUUGAACCUUAUGGGAUGUGGUUUCAGUGGUCAAAUCCCUGACUCCAUAGGAUCUCUAGAACAACUUAAUACCCUGCUGUUCGACGGAAACCAACUCACAGGCAAAAUUCCGAACAGCCUCAGCCUCGUUAAAAAUUUGACGGUGCUACGUCUUGAUAGAAAUAAACUAAUUGGAGACAUUCCUCCAAGCCUUAAUAAUCUCACAGAUCUUUUCGAGUUGUACUUGGCCUCCAACAGAUUUACAGGUAGUCUUCCAAAUUUAUCAAAUCUGACCAAUCUCCACACACUAGAUGUGAGCAAUAACCAAUUGACAUUCUCACUCAUUCCAUCAUGGAUCUCUUCAUUAACCUCCUUGUCAACAUUAAGGAUGGAAGGGAUCCAACUUGAAGGGCCAAUACCAAUCUCCCUCUUUAACCCUAUUCAAUUGCAGACUGUUGUUCUAAAGCGCAAUCAGUUAAACGCAACACUAGACUUCGGUACCAGCUCUAGUAAUCAGUUGGAGUUUGUGGAUUUACAAACCAAUGGCAUAACAGGUUAUAACCAACCGGCUAAUAAACCCAUCCAAGUAAUACUGGCAGAUAAUCCAGUGUGCAAAGAGUCAGGGAACCAACAAAGUGACUUCUGCAAAGCAAGCCAGUCCAAUAACUCAUUUUCUAUCCCUCAAAUAAACUGUUCUUCAUGUAGCCAUGGCAAGGAACCGACUCCAGCGUGCCGUUGUGUGUAUCCAAUCACUGGAACACUCACCUUUAGGUCUCCUUCCUUCUCAGGGUUUUCCAACAACACUAACUUCAUAAUGCUACAGAAAGAAUUAGCAGAUUUAUUUAAGGACCCGAAGUAUCAAAUGGAGGCUGUUGCCAUCAGAAAUAUAAAAGAGACUUCACCUGAUCACCAUCUUCUGAUAGAGGUCUUAGUAUUUCCAUUAGGCAAAGAGAGUUUUGAUGAGACUGGAAUGAAUAGAGUCAUUACCGAGUUUAGCACGCAUAAUUUUGAUCCUCCUUCUAUAUUUGGCCCUUACAUUUUCAAAGCAGAUCUGUAUAUUCCGUUCUCUGGAGGUUCUGCCUCAUCAAACACAGGCAUUAUCAUCGGAGCAGCAGUUGGUGCUGCGGUUCUUCUAUUGUUGUUAACUAUAGCUGGGAUUUAUGCUAUAUGGCAGAAGAAGAGAGCAGAGAGAGCAACUGGUCGAAACAACCCUUUUGCCAAAUGGAAUAAGAGUAAGAGUAGUCUUGAUGCUCCGCGGCUAAUGGGAGCGAAAGCUUUUACUUUUGAAGAGCUGAAGAAAUGCACUGAGAACUUUUCAGAGGCAAAUAAUGUUGGUGGUGGAGGUUAUGGCCAAGUGUACAAAGGGAUUCUUCCUUCAGGGCAACUCAUAGCAAUCAAAAGAGCUCAACAAGGAUCUUCUCAAGGAGAGUUGGAGUUUAAAAAUGAGAUCGAGCUUCUUUCAAGGGUGCACCAUAAGAAUGUUGUCAGGCUGUUAGGCUUCUGCUUUGAUCGAAAUGAACAAAUGCUCGUGUACGAGUACAUUCCAAAUGGCUCUCUAACAGAUAGUUUAUCAGGGAAGAGUGGGAUUGUACUUGAUUGGACAAGAAGGCUAAGAAUAGCUCUCGGUUCAGGGAAGGGUUUGGCUUAUCUUCAUGAGCUUGCUGAUCCUCCAAUUAUACAUAGAGACAUCAAAUCAAAUAACAUAUUACUUGAUGAAAGUCUAACAGCAAAGGUUGCCGACUUUGGGCUCUCAAAACUUGUAGGAGACCCUGAGAAAGUUCAUGUGACAACACAAGUGAAAGGAACUAUGGGUUAUCUUGAUCCUGAGUACUACAUGACGAAUCAGCUGACAGAGAAGAGCGAUGUGUAUGGGUUUGGGGUGGUGAUGCUUGAGCUCUUAACCGGUAAAAGCCCAAUAGUGGGAGGCAAAUACGUGGUGAGGGAGGUGCAAAGGAAGAUGGAUAAGUCGAGGAGCUUGUAUGAUUUGCAAGAAUUUCUUGAUCCGGCCAUCAUUGCAAGUAGCGGGAACCUGAAAGGGUUUGAGACGUAUGUAGAUCUUGCUCUUAGAUGUGUGGAGGGGGAAGGAUUAAAGAGACCAACGAUGGGUGAGGUUGUGAAAGAGAUUGAGAGCAUAAUGCAGCUUGUGGGUUUAAACCCUAACAUAGAUUCAGCAACCAGUUCAAGAACGUACGAGGAAGCAAGCAAAGGAUCUGGUGAUCCUUAUGGCAAACAAUAG